UCUCCCUGGUCCACACGCCCAAUCCAACGCAGCCUGCAAAACUUUCAAAUCAACACCAUCCCCAGCAACACAGUAUGUCUGAUUAGCAUUAUCAUCCACAACCUUUGAUCAAGAAUAACAGAUUUUUUAUCUUUCUUUCAAAUUCAUAGAUGGAAAGUAUUGAUACUCCUCAACCCAAAAUCUUAAAACCCAUUGUUUGUGAUAUUAUUUUCAUACUCAAGUUUCUAUUUUCUAAUCAUUAUACAACUCAAAUCGGAUUCCUAAACAUUUUAUUUUUGUUUACUUUGAGAAUAUUUGACCUCUUCUUCACGUGCCUUUGUCGGUCUCUUCACGCAAUAUCAUCCAAAUCAGCCGAAAGUCGUCAACUUGAUGGGAUGAUAUUAUUGACAAUUAACUCCAUUGACAAUUUUUAGAUCCAUGUUCCAGAAACCAUGUUUAAUGGCCACUUGGUGGUCCCAAUCAAUUAAUGUUCAUGUAUUUCAUGAGAGAAGGAAAGUUGCAACCUGCAAUGAACAUCUAAGUAAUCGCAAUAACACUCAGUUUGAGUUCUUGAUUCAUUUCAUUUCGAUGUUAUGGCGCGUUAUGACGUUUUUCUGUGCUUUAGAGGGAAGGACACGCGCCACACCCUCACAGGUAACCUCUAUGCUGCUUUGCAGCAGGCUAGAUUCAGAACUUUCAUGGAUGAUGACGAGUUGAAGGGUGCCGACCAAAUUGCAUAUACGAUCGUUUUGGAAGCAUCCAGGAUUUCGAUCGUUGUUCUCUCCGAACACUUUGCGUUUUCCAGUUGGUGCCUUGAUGAACUUGCUAACAUCCUAGACUGCAUGAACACAAAGAACCAAGCCGUUUUUCCAAUCUUUUACGAAGUCGAUCCGUUCUAUGUAAGGCACCUGAAAGGUAGUUUUGGCGAGGCCAUGGUUGCCCAUGAAGCUAGAUUCGGAAAGGACUCUGAGAAAGUAGAAAAAUGGAGGUCAGCUUUGGCUCAAGUGGCCAACUUGUCGGGAUGGUGUUUUGGAAGAGGAAGAUGGUGUUUUGGAGAGGAGUGCGGGGAGGAGGAGCGGCGCGGCGGAGGGGAGUGUGGUGAGGACCUCGUCGCCGACUGAGACGGCGGAGGGUGGCGGGGCGGAAUGCGGCGACGUUUUUGCGGAUCCAGGAGGAGGCGGUGGCGUUGGAGGAACCGAUUGCGAGGAGCUGGUUGUUGGGGACGCUGAUGGUGACGUGGAUGUCAGCCACUUAACACCGUUAAUGUGUAUUUAACGGAGAUGACUACAUUGACACAAAUUUUUUCUAUGUUUGGAUUCAAUUGACACUUUUACACCACGUGAGGACGACAAUGAAACUUUUUUAAAAAUGAGGAUGAAUUUGACACAAUUCAACUAAAGUGGGGACAAAGGAAGCAAUUAAACCAAAUAAAAAAUAAACACAAAAACAAAAAUCAAAAUUUAAGCCCAUCAAAUUUUAAAAGC